AUAAAGAUGAUUUUAAUUAAAUCACACAAAUCCCUUUGCACGGCAACCAAACCCCGCGCAGGCUGGCUGGCUGAGCCAUUCUGGCAUGUGUAGAGUUAACCAGGUUACCGGGAUUCCUAGUUAACUUCUUUCACCAGGAAUGCAACUCAUGUUUACCUAUAUAAGGAAACCUGUUAGGCUGACCUGAGUUUGGCGGAUUUUUGCGCUGAGAGGCGUGUAAGCACACAGCCCGGAGAGGGGAGUGAUCCGAGCUGGACAGAGCAAGCUUCCUGAACGCCCCAGCCAUUCAGCUGAUCCGAGGCAGCCUGCUUGGAGGACCUUCAGGUUUGCCCUUCCAGCUCCCAGUUGAGGAACAAAAACCCGGUCCUGGGAAAAAUGGGGAAGCCGAUAGCUGAUCAGCUUCCUUGGAUUUUGCUGAUGACACAGGAGAGCUUUGCCUGAAGAUGGAAACACUGGAGUCGGAGCUGACCUGCCCUAUUUGUCUGGAGCUCUUUGAAGACCCUCUCCUGCUGCCCUGUGCGCACAGCCUCUGCUUCAACUGCGCCCACCGCAUCCUGGUCUCGCACUGCGCCACCAACGAGUCCGUGGAGUCCAUCACCGCCUUCCAGUGCCCCACCUGCCGCCAUGUCAUCACGCUCAGCCAGCGCGGUCUAGACGGGCUCAAGCGCAACGUCACCCUGCAGAACAUCAUCGACAGGUUCCAGAAAGCCUCCGUGAGCGGGCCCAAUUCCCCCAGCGAGACCCGCAGAGAGCGGGCGUUCGACGCCAACACCAUGACCUCCGCCGAGAAAGUUCUCUGCCAGUUCUGUGACCAGGACCCGGCCCAGGACGCGGUGAAGACCUGUGUCACCUGCGAGGUGUCCUACUGUGAUGAGUGCCUGAAAGCCACUCACCCGAACAAGAAGCCCUUCACGGGUCAUCGUCUGAUCGAGCCCAUUCCCGACUCGCACAUCCGGGGGCUGAUGUGCCUGGAGCAUGAAGACGAGAAGGUGAAUAUGUACUGCGUGACCGAUGACCAGUUAAUCUGUGCCUUGUGUAAGCUGGUUGGGCGGCACCGAGACCACCAGGUGGCGGCUUUGAGUGAGCGCUAUGACAAAUUGAAGCAAAACUUAGAGAGUAACCUCACCAACCUUAUUAAGAGGAACACAGAACUGGAGACCCUUUUGGCCAAACUCAUCCAAACCUGUCAACAUGUCGAGGUCAAUGCAUCCCGUCAAGAAGCCAAACUGAUGGAGGAAUGUGAUCUUCUCAUUGAGAUCAUUCAACAAAGAAGACAAAUUAUUGGAACCAAGAUCAAAGAAGGGAAGGUGAUGAGGCUUCGCAAACUGGCUCAGCAGAUCGCAAACUGCAAACAGUGCAUUGAGCGGUCGGCGUCGCUCAUCUCCCAAGCGGAACACUCUCUGAAGGAGAAUGACCACGCGCGGUUCCUGCAGACCGCUAAGAAUAUCACCGAGAGGGUCUCCAUGGCGACUGCAUCCUCCCAGGUCUUAAUUCCUGAAAUCAACCUCAACGACACAUUUGAUACCUUUGCCUUAGAUUUUUCCAGAGAGAAGAAACUGCUAGAAUGCCUGGAUUACCUUACAGCUCCCAACCCGCCCACGAUCAGAGAGGAGCUCUGCACGGCCUCCUACGACACCAUCACCGUCCACUGGACGUCGGACGACGAGUUCAGCGUGCUCUCCUACGAGCUGCAGUACACCAUCUUCACCGGGCAGGCCAACGUCGUCAGUCUGUGCAACUCGGCUGAUAGCUGGAUGAUUGUGCCCAACAUCAAGCAGAACCACUACACGGUGCACGGUCUGCAGAGCGGCACCAAGUACAUCUUCAUCGUCAAGGCCAUCAACCAGGCGGGCAGCCGCAGCAGCGAGCCUGGGAAGUUGAAGACAAACAGCCAACCAUUUAAACUGGACCCCAAAUCUGCACAUCGAAAGCUGAAAGUGUCCCAUGAUAACUUGACAGUAGAGCGUGAUGAGUCAUCGUCCAAGAAGAGUCACACCCCUGAACGCUUCACCAGCCAAGGGAGCUACGGAGUAGCUGGAAACGUGUUUAUUGAUAGUGGCCGGCACUACUGGGAAGUGGUCAUAAGUGGAAGCACAUGGUAUGCCAUCGGCCUGGCCUACAAAUCCGCCCCGAAGCAUGAGUGGAUCGGGAAGAACUCUGCUUCCUGGGCGCUCUGCCGCUGCCACAAUAACUGGGUGGUGAGACACAACAGCAAGGAGAUCCCCAUCGAGCCGGCCCCGCACCUCCGGCGUGUCGGCAUCCUGCUGGACUAUGAUAACGGCUCCAUCGCCUUCUACGACGCUUUAAACUCCAUCCACCUCUACACCUUCGACAUUGCCUUCUCGCAGCCCGUGUGCCCCACCUUCACCGUGUGGAACAAAUGUCUGACCAUUAUAACUGGCCUUCCGAUCCCGGACCACCUGGACUGCACGGAGCAGCUGCCCUGAGCGCCCGGCCCAGGGGCGCUGCUUUCUGGGGAAUAGAGGAGGUUGUGGCCACCAUUUGGGGAACAAAGAAAGCACAAGCUUCCAGAGUGUGAUGAAAUCUCGCCAAAAAGUGUCCAGAAAUAGGCUAAGAUAGGACUCAGAUCUGGCCAUCCCCCCACCUGUGUUUUGUAUGAAGUGCAGGCUUUAAUCAUUUCUUUAAAUUUGUUUGUAUUUACAGGAAAAGUUAUAGAUUAUUUAUAAAAGAAACAUAACCAGCAUCCUCAGUCUUGGGAAUUCUUUGCUUUUGCACCUCUAGAGGCCCGCGAACUUCCCAGCCCUCUGCAGCCUUUAUUUCAUCACAGUCUACGGGCGAGAAGACGACUCUCUCGUGGUUUUCUUCCGCCUGUCCACCUUCUCACUUCAGGCUGUUCCACCUUCUCACUUCGUGCUGUUCCACCCCGAGCCCUCCGCGGGCCCUGCUGCCUCGGCCACGCACAGCAGCAUUCGCAACUAUUUUUAAAAUGAAAACUAGCUUCCACCCUCCUGGGGAGGCAAACAGGCUCUCCUACUCUGAAGUAUUUUAACUGUGAUGUCAGAAACGUGUAUUGGGUCACCCAGGAUGGAAAGCAAGAGAGAAAAAUGGAAAGAAUGGACUCCGGCGCUUGCAGCCGGCCACGGCUGAGUCUCGGGCCGCCCUGCCGACUGUGGGUGCCGCAGGAGAGAAAGGUCUGAGGCCUCCGGCCAUCUUUUGCCCUGCUUUUCCCAGGAUUAAGGAUAGCGCGAGAACAGGAAGAAGGAGAUUGCAAUUGAAAUGGUCACCGGAUCCUACUGAUUCUUCAAAAAUUCAGACUGAUUUGCGUUUUCCCAGAGGUAGGGUUCUGCCCCCAAACGAAGUCUAUUUCGUUCUCCCUUUUAAUAGUUUCUUUAGGCCUGUGAAAUUUCUUCAUUGCAUUUGCUAGUUGCCCUAGUGCCCCUCCCCCGAAUCACUUUUCUUGUGUCUCUGGAGAUGAGGAAGUAAGUGUUUUCUGUCACUACGGGCAGCACCACUUUAAUUGAUUCUGCGCCCCAGGAUAUCAGCACGUGGCCCGACCACAAACACCACAUCCAAAUGUAAUUCACCCCACACUAUUUAAUAUUUAUGAGUCGGUAAUGAAGGGACGUUGCCUGAGUACUACCCACUCAUGUUCAUGCCUCGAAAGUCAUACACAGACCUUUAUUAAGCACAUCUUGAAAGACGUAGAAGUCCCUUUUAUUCUAGUAUAGUCUAUCAUAGAGUUGUAAGACAAAAAAAAAAAAAUCAAGCUUCUUCUUCCUACACUGGAACCUGCUACUAGAACCUGCCCAUGGAGUGUCUGGUGGGAUCCGCGGCCCAAUGACCCUGUGCGUUGGGUGGUGCCUGGACAGAGGCUUUCUCUACUGGGCCUGGCCUGGAAUCUGGCCUCGGUUCCACCUGGACGGGAGGCGUGGCGGCUGUCACUGUCUCAUUGGCUCAAGCAGGAUCGGGGCUAUGGACCGCUGGACUCCAGCAUCUUUCUAGUUGUUUCGUUUUUAACCAAAUCAGCCGUCUCCCCGAAACCCGCCCGCCGACCCCUGGUUUCAGCCUCAACCCGAGUGAGGGCGAGUCUGGACUUCAUGGGCGGCUCCAUCCUCUUCACAGCAGGUGCUCUGCUUUUUCUUAACAGAUAGAUUCUAUAUAUUUACUAUAUUAUUUAUACCCAGAUGAAUAUUUUGAUAGCUACUUAGGACAGUUUCACAUGGAAAAGAUGGACACCUCAAUGGGAAAAAAAGGAAUCAUUCUCUGGAAACGUGAUGGGAUUUUUUUUAACACUAUGGAAACAAUGUGCAUCUUGCCUGCCUUGGAUAAACUGCAAGGGUGUCUCAGUAAUUUUUACAGAUGGUUUUGGUAGCUGGAUAACAGAUAUUUUAAUGCACUUUGUACACUAACAGGUUUUAAAUAGGAUCUAAAACUCAGCUCCUGAGUUUUCAAAUCACAGUCUCCAGGUACCAAUAAAUGCUACAGUUUGCCUUAUGACGUUAAUGAGCGCAUUUAUGAUGACGCUAUUUCCGUAAAUAGUUUUUCAGUAUAAAGAAGUGACUGGUCCGGUUCUCACUGCAAGCCAUUUCGGUUAUGUUUGGGCUCUUUUUCUAAGGACAAGAGGGACUGUUAUGUUAUAAUUUUGUUGUGGAAGACUCACUCUUACUCUUUGUUAAUAACUUAAAAAUAGUGUGGAUCGUGGCGUGGCGUUACUAAUUCCAUGUCGUCCUGUUUGCGGGCACGCGCGUGUGUGGGGAGGGGCCGCCGUGUUCACUUUCUUGCUGUGAUGAUGUGGAGACGAUUUCUGUGUGGAUUUGUUUUGAAAGUUUGAGAAAUACAUGCUGUAAACAGUUGCUGCCGUACCAUUCUUUCCACGAUGGGGGUCACAGUCUUUUGUUUUCGAGGUCCUUACUUCAUGGAAACACUGUGAUUCGGGGAAGAAAGAGAUGGCAGUGUCGAGGAGAUGAAGCCAACAGCACGGAUGCAGCGCCAGCCAGGCCGCAGGCGCGACGUCGUGGGUGUGUGCCCUGUGCCGGGGCCCCGGGGCUCCGAGGGCCCCCCCCACUCACGUGGAUGCUCUGCUGUCGCCAUCUUGAAAUUCUUAAUCGCUUUGGAACGAGGGGCCUGCAUUUUCGUUCUGCACUGGGCCGCGCCAAUUGUGUGACCAGUCCUCCUAAAAGGACUCACAAACACGGCACCUCUCGUGCCAGGGGACACAGAUGAGGAAACCCGGAUCCAGUGUGGCCACGUCAUGCAAGUAGGAAUCCAAAUGGACUAAGACGAGAGUGGGCCCGGGUGAUUUUCUUUCCAGCUUUAAAAGAAAAUGACUUCCAAAACUGACCACGAAUACUGAUGAUCGUUUCGGCUGGAGAUGAGGCGCGGCCUGAGUGACAAACAGGCGUUUGAUUGCGAUACUGAGAGACUGACCAUAAACUUCCUGAGAAACGCAACCAGCGCCCUCCGGGGAGUGUGGCAUUUUGUUUCGCCUCCAGGCCCAGAUGUGAUGUCUGAAGAGGCGCGCGCAUGUAUGUUCACAUACAUGUGCUUUUGGCGUUGGGAAGUCGACUAGCUGGUCUGCCCUUCUGUCAGAAAGGGCGCCAAGACAACAGUGGGGGUCGGGAGGAUGUCUCUUAGACCAGGCUUCCAACCGGGGAGCGAUUUGGUAACUUCUGGAGUCAUGUUUGAUUGUCCCGACUGUGGGGGCGGGUGCGCUGCUGGCAUGUAGUGGGUCGAGGCCGAGGGUGCUGCUGGCACCCUCCAGCUCACAGCACAGCCCCGCCCCCAAGCAAAGAACAAUCUGGCCCAAAACAUCAAUAGUGCCGCAGUGAAGAAACUAACUCUUGUUCUUUGGUGUUUUGUUUUGUUUUGUUUUGAAAGCAAAGCUCUCACAAAUGGCUUUUACUUUCUUGUGGCUGAUUUCAUGUCUGGUAUUUUAAAAGGGGGGACACCAAUUCAAAAUCUCCGCUUUUAGAAAUCUUGGCAACAUUGUUAUAAAAGUCUGAAAAGCAUCCAAGCCUGUGUGAAUGGGAAGCCACUGGUAAUUGUCAGGAAGCUUUGGGCGUGAUCGGCUUAGUCGGAAAUGAAAAGUUGGUUCUCUUUCUGCCUCUCCUUCCACCUGAACAAAUUCAAUUGCUGGUACUUGAGUCACACUGCCCAGCCCUCGGCCCAGACUAGUCUCUCGAUUGCUGUUACUUUCUGGUUCUAAAUAAAAUCAUUUUUUGUGGUUCCAAGACCCUCGGUCUCUGCCUGUCUCUGUUGCCUCU